GAAAAGAAAUACAUUUGAAAAAACACAUGAAAAUAUCGCCAAUUCCUUUUACAGUUUUUGGAUUGAUAUUGUUCAUAAUCAUUUGAUAUAAGCCCAUGAUAUUAUACCAAAUAACAAAGAGCAUCUCAUGAUCAUGGUAUGUUUCGGUUAUGUACCAAUCGGAACACACUCAAGACGAAAUAUGCCGAUUUCUUCCGAAAGUAUUUUCGCCGAAAGGACAGCGCCAUCUACCGACUAGACGUCACUAUGACGUCAUUUGGCGAUAUUGUGACGUCACGCCAUUGUCUGACAUUGUCUCAGCUAGCUACAGCAGCACUGCAGUACUCUCUUCAUUUAUCGAGAUUAUCGAAGCAUUAUGCCAGUCACCAGACGUCUGACCGUGUCCGAGUGUGAGGGCUUUGAUUCCGAGGUGGCGGAGUGUUUUUCACGUACAGAACCGACAGAGUUUCAUGAUUCGGUUCCCAAAUACGCCACAAUAAAGCCAAGACCAGUCGCUAGGCGUCUGAGGUGUGAGGGGUUUGAUUCCGAGGUGGCAGAGUGUUUUUCACGUACAGAACCGACAGAAUUCCACAAUUUGGUUCCCAAACACGUCACAAUAAAACCAAGACCUAUUCGUCCCGAGCCACCAUUCCAAUGGGACUGUAGUAAAAAGGACAAACAACUUGGCAAAGAGCUCGACCUUCACGUGCAGCUGACGGCUGUCCUGGUUGAUGUGGACAUUCUCCGGGCUGACCUACGAGAUGCUCGACUCCGUUCCCAAUGUCUGAAACUGAAGAACCAACAUCUUCAGAGACAAGUCAGACAACUCUCGGGGGAGAAAGUCUCCCUUGGGGAGCAGGUGGAUCGCUUGGUGAAGGAGAGGGACAUGUUGAGAGCUGAAAGACUGCGUGUACAUUCAGGAGAGGGAGAGGGUGUUGGGCUUGUCCAGAGGUCAGGGGCUACACAGACCACGUGUUUUGACCACAUUGUUCAAUCAAAGAAUGACAUGCCUCGUGAACAAGGCAAUAGGUCAACAAGACAUCAUGAACUCUCUCAAAGUAGUCUGUCAUCAAAGAAACAUAUGUCAUCAAGCACAACUAAUUUAAUAGAAACUUGUAUUCAGAAACAAAAUGUACAAAAGUCAAAAUCUUUCUUUGGUCGUUUUACAAAACUGUUCAGAAGAAACAAAUGUUAAUGUAAUUCAGUCCUUUUUAAUGGUGGUAAUAACAAUUGUUUCAGUUCAA